CACAGGCAAGAAGCUAGAAUUAAACGUCAGAAUUUGCAAAAUAUUGGAAUGACGAAUUUUGUGUUAUAUUCAUCUUAAUUAUCAAUUGAUAUAGAAUGUUUUCUUUACGAUUACCAUUAAUUUCAAGAAUUGCCACUGCAUUUUCAAGUGCUUCGAAGGUGAGAAUCGCCCCGGCAUUCUCUCCAGCAUGUUUUUCCAAUAAAUCGAUCAAUACAACUGUUUCCCGUUUUACAUCAUCGUUGGUGUCCCCACAGCUUGACACUUCCAUUCUGCAGAAAGUAAACCAACAGAUAGAAUCCAGUUCUGAAGGCCGCCUCUUCGUGGUAGUUCAAUUAUGCGGAAAGCAAUUUAAAAUUACAUCUGGCGAUAUCAUCAUCGUGGAGGGAUAUUGGCCACCGAAUAACGGGGAAAUAAUUCGAUUGGACAAGGUAUUGCUUGUCGGAAGUAAAGAUUUUUCUCUGAUCGGGAGGCCGUUGGUGCCCCAGGGAUUGGUAGAUGUUCAGGGAACCAUAAUCGAAAAGUCCUUGUCACAUACGAGAACGCAUUUCAAAAAGAAACGAAGGAAGCAGUAUAUGAGAAUUAAUUUUUACCGAACGCAGCAAACAAUGAUCCGAAUUAAUUCCAUCGAGUUGAAUUCGCAUGGUAUUCCAGAAAAGGAUGAAUUCCCAGAUGAGUUUGAAAACAGAUUUUUCUAGUUGUUUACUGUGAAUUAUUUGAAUAAAUUUAGUUUAAUAAUCA